CGCGCAGCGGCUCUGGCCGCCGCAUUCCUGCAGGCCGGGGGCGGGUAAUAUUCCGCGUCUCUCCCUGAGCGGCGGAAAUGAGAUUCUCGCCACGCACCCCUGCUUGUGUGUUCGGUUCUCGUCCUUCACUCGGCCCCGCAGAGAGACGGCAGCAGCCGCCCCCUCCCUGGAGCUGCCCGGCUGCUUCCCCGGGCUGUGGGCGCGCGAGAGGAGCCCAGCUGCGAACCCCUCCGGGCAGGCAGCGGGUCCCACCGCCGGCCCCAGAGGCGAGCGCUGCGCAGGCUGUUGGCAAGGAGGGAGGCCCUGUACGGUCGGCGCAGCAGCAGCAGAAGGACGCGGGCCAGCCAUCGGCUGGUAUUUAUAGCACCGUGACAGCAGCGCCCUGGCAGAGCCGGAGCCUGGCUCACGUAGGAGUUUCCCGUUAGAGCAAAAGGUGGCUUCCGAGCUCGGCAAACAACUGUCCUGAAGUAUUUGAGAAUGGGUAAAGGCUUCCGCUACUACUUCCAGCACCCCUGGUCUCGCCUCGUUGUGGCUUACCUGGUGAUCUUCUUUAACUUCUUAAUAUUUGCUGAGGAUCCAGUAUCUCACAGUCAGACAGAAGCCAAUGUUAUUGUUGUCGGCAACUGCUUUUCAUUUGUAACCAAUAAAUACCCUGGAGGAGGAGGCUGGAGGUUUCUGAAGGUGCUUCUAUGGCUACUUGCCAUUCUCACGGGACUGAUAGCUGGGAAAUUCCUGUUCCAUCAGCGUUUGUUUGGUCAGUUACUUCGGCUAAAGAUGUUUCGAGAGGAUCAUGGAUCUUGGAUGACAAUGUUUUUCAGCACCAUUCUCUUCCUUUUCAUUUUUUCUCACAUUUACAAUCUGUGCCUCCUUAUGGCAGGGAAUAUGAGGGCAUACAUCAUAACAGACUUUAUGGGCAUCAGGAACGAAAGUUUUAUGAAGGUUGCUGCAGUGGGGACUUGGAUGGGAGAUUUUGUCACAGCUUGGAUGGUCACUGAUAUGAUGCUUCAGGACAAGCCCUACCCUGACUGGGGGAAGUCUGCCAGAGCUUUCUGGAAGAAAGGGAAUAUUAGGAUCAUUUUAUUCUGGACUGUUCUAUUUACUUUGACUUCUGUAGUUGUGCUUGUCAUCACUACUGACUGGAUCAGCUGGGACAAGUUGAAUCGUGGAUUUCUGCCAAGUGAUGAGGUCUCAAGAGCCUUCCUGGCUUCUUUCAUCUUAGUGUUUGACCUUCUUAUUAUCAUGCAGGAUUGGGAGUUUCCACAUUUCAUGGGUGAUGUUGAUGUAAAUCUUCCUGGAUUGCCAUAUGCACAUCUGCAGUUCAAACUACCUUACUUCCAAAAUAUCUUCAAGGAAGAAUAUCACAUACAUAUAACAGGUAAAUGGUUUAACUAUGGAAUUAUCUUUCUGGUUUUAAUCCUGGAUCUAAAUAUGUGGAAGAAUCAAAUAUUUUACAAACCUCAUGAAUACGGUCAAUAUAUUGGUCCUGGACAGAAGAUCUACACAGUGGAGGACUCAGAAAGCUUAAAGGACCUUAACAGAACCAAAUUAUCCUGGGAUUGGAGAUCAAAUAACACAAACCCUCUGACUAACAGGACUUAUGCUGAGGGAGACAUGUUCUUGCAUAGCAGAUAUACAGGGGCUAGCCUUGAUGUCAAAUGUCUGGCCUUUAUUCCAUGUUUGCUGGCUUUUGCUUUGUUUGGGUUCUUCAUCUGGUUCUUUGGGCGAUUUCAGAAAACUGAGCAAGGCAUGGAGAAUCUGGACAAAUCAUACACAAGAAUGAAAAGGAAGUCACCAUCAGACAUGGGAAUGACACGAGAAAAUACACAGGUUUUAGUGGAGAAAACUUUAAGUUUUCAAGAUCCACAUUUAGUAUCCAUAAAAUCAGACUUAAGUGAAAUUGUCUUUAAUUCUUCCCUUCUAACUUCUGAAAACUUGAGCUUACAGUUGAGUGAACAAGACAGCCCAUUACAACCAAUGACAGAGGCUUCUGCCCCUAAGAGUGAUCCCAUGACCUAGAGCAAACUACCCAGAAAAGAAAGAUUUAAAUAACCAAUUAUUGUGAGAGUUCAGUUUUUGUAAGUUAAGGUUUACAUAGUGUUUAGCACAAGAAAUAUAACCCAUACCACAAAGGUGCUCAACAUGCUUUUUCUAGGAAUUUUGUUUUCUAUUUGUAUUAUAAUAUAUGUGCCUACUGUAUAGCUAACAUUCCUUUAUAGAUUGCUUCUCAGAAUUGCACAAACUAUUUAUUAAUACAUUGACGUUACUGUAUAAUAGUGCAUUCGAUGAAUAUUUGCAGGUAUAAAAUUCUAACCGUGGUGGUGCCUUGAAACAUUAAACUGAUUUUUAACUCAACACCAGAAGAUAUAGAGAACAAUUCUUCUGACCUAUUUUGCAAGGGUUUUUUUGCAUGCAAUUAUUUAGAAUGUCAUUUGAUUUCUUAACAAUAGAUGUAGAGACUUCUGAAGAAAGGUUCCUGAUAAGAUAUCACCCCAAAGGGUGACUUUGUUAUUUACUCAGCUGUAGAGUCAGUGACUUUGAUAACUGGACUGCAGAGAAGCAUUUUGAUUACCUUUUAAUUUUGGCUGGCUGGCUGCCAAAUACAAAUACAGCUUCAUAACAGAGUAACAGUAGAGCGAUAAUGCAGCAUGGAUCACUACUUGUGAAAAUAGGACUUUCUCUGUCAGUAAUUGCAAUUAGAUGAUAAUGCCAAUUAUGUUUUUUAUAAUUAAAGAUAAACUUCUACUUGAUUAAAAAUCCUGCCCUUCACCUUUCAGAAACAAAGGUUAAAAUGCAUGGUUAGAGCAAGAGUCACAUAUCCCGUCAUCAACACAAAUCUGUGCAAUGCCAAAGAACCAGUGCAGUGCUUACAGGAAAGAACACAGAGCCCAUAGCCUUCAAUGUUUAUACAACUUUGUGUAACUUGGUUUGGGAUACAUUAUACUGGGAAAUGUACAACAUAACUCACAGCUUUAACUUCUUCAAAGACUGAAGCAAUGGCGUGGGGGCUGGGGAGUGACUGCAUGGGAUAGAUUAGCACAUGAAUUGUCCUGAAUCUUUUUUGCCCCUUUCAAGAAUUAAACACUGUCCAUUAAUAAAUAAUAGAACCCAGCAGCAAAAACAUGGAGGAAUUGUUUUUGCAGCCUUUUUAAAGGCUACUUGGAAUCUGAAUUCCUCUGCUGUCUGUUCAAACUAUAUACACUAAAAACAUAGCAAAUCUAAAAAGCAGAAAAACCCUGACUUGCCUCUAAUUUAGUUUCAUAAAUUGUUGUUACAAGUUACUAAAUAAGAAGUCAUUUUAAAGUCUGAAUUAUUUCCCUGUCAGUUACUGAUGUUGCUGUAUUUUGUCUUCAUGAUUUUUUUUUUAUCUCCGUUGUUUUGAUCUAUCUACUUUUAAGUUUUCAGCAUGGUGAAUUUAGUAUGCAUAAUAGAACUAUGCAUUUAUUAUCUGUCACUUGAGAGCCAAUUUAAUAAACAUCAUUCAACAAUUGUUUAUCAUGUGGCAGGAACCUAUGCUCUGUUAGGUUUUUUGUUUUGUUUUGUUUUAACAUUUCACCCAUACUUUGUCCUAUUUAGAAUCAUAAAUAUUUCUGGCAUUAAAAAAUACAGACAUCAAAAUCAUUGUAAUAUCAAAACCAACCAUUUUGCCUACGGAACAGUUAAUAUUUUAUCAAGAGAAAGUUUCCUUUUUAAUGAGGCUGAAUUUUUAUCCACCAGAAAUUAUAACUAUAAAAAAAAUCUAUUAUUAGCAUUUGGUUAGUGCAGCCUGUAAACUUGUUCAGUCUAUUUAAGAUAGAACUUAUAUAUUCAAAGCCAAGCUACUAACUACUUAUAGUAAAAUACUGUCAGAUUCUGCCUUUACUGUGUAGGAGGUGAUUAUAUUUAUGCUUUAUGUCCAAGCAGGAUUUGAUAGGGGCAAAUGGGUAGACAAAAAUGGCUAUUUGUUUUUGCAAACACACACUCCUCCAUGGGAUUUGGAAGACUUACUCCAAAAUGUCAAACCCUUCUGUGAAUUGCUUUGUUUUUUCUGUGCACAGGGUGGCUAAGUCCAUUAAUAUAUAAGCAGAAAAUGAAAGACUGACUUGAGCCUUGCUGCUUGCAUGAUUACAUGACUCUAAAGUAACUGUUAUUAAGCAACUGAUCCACAGCUAAAAUAAUUCUGUGACCUUACAAGUUAAUGCUUUUAAGGUCGCCACAAGACUGCAUACAAGAGAGAGAAAAUCAAGUAAUCCUGAGAUUUUCCAUGAGUGCUCAAAUUAACAGUCAAGCAGAGAAACUGGACCCAAAAUGGAUUCAAAAGGAGUCGCAGGAUUCAGCAUGACCCCUGUGGUCAACUCUGCACUUUAAUUAAAGGAAGCACUUGAAAAGGCACUAGUUUUACAGCAACAAAGAGUCCUGUGGCACCUUAUAGACUAACAGAUGUAUUAAAGCAUGAGCUUUCGUGGGUGAAUACCCACUUCGUCAGACGCAUACAGUAACUGUUGCCAUAUAGAUUGUAAACACAGAAGUAGAUAUGUCCAUUCUUUCCAUGGCAGUCCUUAUUUAACAUUAACAAUAUGCUUUGUUACAUCAAAAUGGAAACCUUCUCUAAUCUAAGGGCCUUAUCCAGCACCAAUAGCCAUGACCUUGAUAUGAAUGGUCUACCUACCACAGCAAAUGAAAAUAACCCCCAAGGACUCCAAAAGCUCGUCCUCAUGAGUGAGCUGGAGAGGUCGGUAGGGCGGGGGUGGGGAGGAGAGAACUUGUGGUUCUCAUGCCUGAGCCAUGCAGGAGUUGCUGUCCCUUUAUGGCUGAACUAUAUCUGCUUUGUGAGAGAAUGUAUUUGGUACAGUAGCUUUUUUCAUUCACAUAUAUUGCAAGAUACCAUGAUAACAGGUACCCUAAAAAUAAUAGCAAAGAUCAUCCCAGGGAUAAGCAUACAGGAUUUACGAGCAUACAAGUGCUUACAAACUUCUCUAUGAGUAUCGGUAGUGAUUACAUUUGCUGACACAGAAAUGACGUGGAACAAAUAGAGGGUAAGUAGAUUUUUGAAACAACCCUUAAAAACAGACUCUGCUUAUUUGGCUUUAGGUUUUUGUUUUUUUAAUUAUUUAUUCGGAAGAAAUGGCCCAUAUCCUCAAGGAGACACCUCAGUACUGCCCUCCUUAUUUUAUAAUGCUCCAGGAAAUUGCUUCACUCUACCUCAUUUCUUCCCCCAUUCCUUCAGGCCCUCAUCUCUGAUCCUUCCUAUAAUUUGGUAUUAUUAGUUUUAGAACAUUCUCCUCUGCAGUUGCCAUUACCUGGAACAAUUUUUCCUCUAUUUUCCCACCUGUCAGCUCUCCAUCUAUAAAACUCCAGCCAAACCUGUCUCUUUUCUCCCUAGUUCUCUUCUCCUCUACUAUUUUUUUAAUAUUUAGCUGUAUUAAAUGUUAAAUUAAAUUAAAUUUUAGCUCUAUUAUCUGCCUCGCUGAAUGCUUUUGAGUUAAUUUGCAUGAAAAGCUAACUUGUUCUGUUUUAAAUAUAUUCUCUACUCUCGGUCUAG